AUGGCGGAUUUGUUACCACAACCUCCAAACCCUAACUAUCGUCCCAACAUCACCUGUGAGACAAAGGGUUCGAACAAAUUCAGGGUUUCGAUGGAACAAGGGAAGAUCAGGAUCAACAUACCAAAGAUAUCGUUGAAGAAAGCAUGCAAGACGCAGAAACAGGACGUCGAGAACGGAGAUAGGAACGUGAACAAUAAGAUGAGGAAGAAGGGACGUGGGAAGCUUUUUCCGGUCAAGAAGGUGAGUUCUGUGAUCUCUAGUGUCUUGGGUCAUAAGAAAACGCAGGUAGAUGAUUCAAGGAAGACGGAAAGUGCUGAAGCUGAUCAAACACUGGCAAUUGUCAGCCUGAAAACAGAUCAAAAGCCAUCGAAGAUGGCAAAAAGCUUAAGAAAAAUCAAAAGGGUAUCAUCAAGCAUUCUGGUCUCAGGCUGGAGAAUGAGAACAGGAGGAGAAAGCACCAGAGAAAAGGUAAGGGAAGAAGUAGAAGGAGAAGACAAGAGCGGUAAUGAAGAGGAGGAGCUGUGCAAGAAGAGGAUACUGAUGGGCGGGAAGUGCAAGCCGCUGAACCGGUCUGGAACUCUUCAGUACAACCGAGACGGCAUUCUCCUCCCAGAGCCAUGA